AUGGGAGGCCUCAAAUCGCGCAAGAAAAGGCCAGAAACGGCUGCGGAAAUGGAAAAAAUGAUAAACGAAAUGAAAAAAAAGGUACAACUUUCAGAGGGUCAAAGAAAGGCCCUGUUUGAAGAAUGCGAAACAGAACAAAAGAACAACACCGAAAAAAUCGAAACCCUAAAGAAGGAAGUGUCGCAAUUAAUCGUAACUUUACGAAACAAAACUAGUAAUAGCGUAAAGGACAGGAUUAGAAUCCCACAACUCAAUUCUGUAGCAGCAUACUUGGGUGAAAAGAUGUGCAACGAAGUGAUAGUCGUCCUAGACUUACAGGUCAUAGACAAAGUAAAAAAACUAGACCUAAUUCGCUACAAAAUCGCCGAGAAGGAACGCUGUUUAAAAGAAAUGGCCAAACAAUAUCAGCAACUGCAAUCGCAACAAGUUAAAAAGAGUUUCGCAAAAAAAAUCAAAGCGCCAGUUACCAGAACCACCUUCAGCAUAGAAAAUCAAAUUCACGCGGUUCAAGUGCAAUGGCGUGAAGCAAAUCACAUAAAAACGCGUUACAUUGACAUAAAAAGGUCCCUCUUAAACGAGACAGCAAGUUAUCAUGCUAUCAUAAAAAAUACGGAACAAGAACUCAAAAUUCAAGAGUCCGAAAUAGAAAAAUUACAAAAGAUAGGCGCUGAAGCAGCCAAAAAGAAAGCUUUCGUAAGAACAGAAUUGUUACACGAAGAAAAAUCAGCCGUCCUUUCAGCUAUGGAAAGGGAAAGGUUGGAAUCCCAAGGAAGACGACUGGUGGCUGAAGGUCGUCAAGAAUUAGAAAAACUGGAACAACUAAUUUUCAUGAGCGGAAAAACUCAAGAAAGACAGGACGAGGAAAACCCAGAGGAAGGACAACUGGACGAAGACCAACUCCUUAGUCCCAAUCCCGAACAAGACCUCAUCGAUACGUUUGAUAAGUUAAAAGAAACUGCCGGUGCUAAAGAUGCUGAAGAAACUUUAGAGAAAUUCCAGAUACAAAGAACAACGCUUUCGCGAUUAGAAAAUUUAAAGGCAACGUCUGAGAAACAAAAGAGUAAGUUAGAAAGACGAAUUCAACAACUGACUAACCAGCUGGAAGCUUUUAAAUUUGCUGAAGUCAAAGAAGCCGAGCAAAACAUAGAAGAUAUAGAAAAGAUGCGUACUCAAAUCGAUGAGCAAAAUAGUCGCAAACAUAUAAAAAUGGAACAGCUCCAUAAAACAAAAGAAAUCAUUAAAAGAAUAUCUGACAAUCUGAGGGGAAUGUAUUUGAAUGUCAACCCCAAGUCAACGGGUCAUAAUAUAAUGCAUACUCAAGAAAUGAUUGUUUACAUCCGAACAACCCUUAUGCCUAUGUUAGACGAAGAGGGAACUAUAGAAAUUGAAAAUAUAGAAAACGAAGAAAUUGAGGAAAAAUGGUUUCCACCCUCGUAUAAUUCCUUAUUAAGAAGGACACCAGUACCCCAGACGGGUACCAUAUCGAUUAGUCAAACAGCAGGAUCCGAAGAGGAAGAAGAAGUGCCUACGAGAGACCAUCUCAAGAAACAAGCCCAAAUGGUUGUUGAAGCAAAAUCGCGAAAAAAAGUUAUGAGAUUUGCGCAAAGAAAAUAAUAUAAAUA